AUAAUAAUAAUAACAAAAAUAAAAUUGUCACUACUUUUUCCACCUUCUUUCCGGUAUUCCUUCUUUCUCGAGUCUGCUUCCGCCAAAGAUUUUACUCUCUACUUGCUGUCGUUUGUUUAUCUCUUUAUUUAUCAGGACGUUUCAAAGGUAUUUCAGGACUGAAAAGACUUGAGUAUUAAUUAUAUACCCCUUAUUAUUAUGGCUACGAAAAGAAGGAAACGUGACGACAGAAUGGAGCAAGUUAAGGGACCUGAGAUUGUGUUUGAGGAUCGAAUAUCGGACUUGCCUGAUGCUAUCAUCAUUCACGUGUUAUCUUUCCUUCCCACCUUAUAUGCCAUUCGGACCAGCCUUCUUUCCAAGCGAUGGAGAAGCAUGUGGACUUUGGUUCCGGUGUUAGACUUCUGUGAUUCAAGGGACAUUCGUGAUUCCAAAAGACAUAAUGAAAGAAACGACAGGCGGGAAAAGUUCUAUAAAUUCGUAGAUGAGUGUUUGGAGCACCCUUAUGCAGAAACAACCAUUUCUAAAUUGAAGCUUAACAUGGAAGACUAUGGAGACAGUAGUCGAAUGAAUGGUUGGUUGAGAUUUCCUCUGAAGAAGAAUAUCCACGAGUUAAACCUCCGGGUUCGAGGUGCAGGAUACUGCAUACCUCAGUUCAUACUUCAUUUAAGAGCAUUAACUGUUCUAAAGUUGAAUGGUUUAGCGGUUAGAUAUCUUUUUCCUUCUAGCCUUCCUUCGCUGAAAGAGUUGUAUCUCAUGAAGAUCCAAAUGGCCAAUCAAGCAUUAGACUAUCUAUUGAUGGGCUGUCCUUGUCUCGAGAUACUUCAUGUAAAUUAUAGCUAUGGCUUGUUAAAUCCUAAAGUUAAAAGUUUGAGCCUGAAAUCCUUGGACUUUAGAACUGGUGGUGGUAAGGAUCGUCAUGCUCAUACAAUCGAUGUUGAAGCUAUUAAUCUUCAUUCUUUUCUAUAUAGUCAAGGCGGUCGCAAGAAGUGCAAUAUAAAUUUGGUACAGUGUAGGGCGAUUAGAAAUCUCACGCUUAUCGGAGCUUUUUUGACUGACCAGUGGUUAGAAGAUUUGAUUCCUCAACUUCCCCUCCUCGAGAGUUUGCGAUUAACCAAUUGCUACGGCUUGCAACACAUGAAGAUCUGGAAUCAACAUCUAAAAGACUUUGUUUUGUCUGUAGAUCGUCGAUUGGGCUCGCUUGAGGCUUCAAUUGAUACCCCAAAUUUAGUCUCCUUCAGCUACUGUGGGUAUAAAAUGUUUAAAAUUUCAAUUAAUGCGCCAAAUCUACUCGAUGCCUAUAUCAAUUUUCCUGCCUACCCGAGAAUGAAUUACAAUAUUGAAUGGUACACUAGUCUAAUAAAAUUCCUUUCAGUGUUCAACGGCUCCAAAAAAGUGUGUGUAUUUUCUUUCCAUGAAAAGGCUCUCAUUAUUCCAGAUGAAGUGAAAAAGAUAUGUAGUUCUCCAUUGCCCGAUCUCAAGCAUAUGAAGGUACAGACCGCCACAGGCAGUCGAUUGCAUGGGAAGGUGAUGCUCAGAAAAUCCUUGCUUUGGAUUGCACCUUCUAACUUGGAGACAUUGCCAAUAGGUUAAUGGAUCUUUAGUUUUAUGUGAAUAUAUAUUUUGGUUUUGUAGAUGCAAGUUAAGCCAAGCUUUGAUUUUGGCAUUUUGCCAACAAAAGCUAAGACCUUUCAUAGGCCUUUGGCUACAGUGUUAUGUUGUUGUACUAAAUCUUUUCCCCCCUUUUUUAAGAGGAUUAAACUUCUUUCUAGUCUCAAUGAAAAGAGGGGUUCUACCGGUUGAAGUACGAACAUUGUACACAUAUUUCAAUUCAUUUUCCGAACGUACUUGUCAUUUGUGUCGUGGAAGUUGAGGUCUAAAGUAAACUAAUCUAUAUAAUAGAAAGCGUAAAGCUUUCCACUGUUCAUGCGCACUUUCAACCAAAACGAAAGAGGCGCAAUUUUGGAGGUUCCAGUAUAAGCUCCGCCUUCUUUCUGCAUCUUCAGCUGUUGCCUGUAAGUCUCCUUCUGUCUUUGCAAGGCUAAACUCCAGGACCGCAAUUUUCUGCUCAAUAUAUGUCUAGAGGUCAGAAAUAUGCUUAAACGCCAGAUUUGCUUGCUGCUCCAGCUCCUAGACCCUCCGGGAAUAGUAGUCAAGUUCUGCUGAGGCACGCAACUCCAUCUCUUGUAGCUGGUUAUCUAAGGUAUCCAUAUGAGCCUCAAGCGUCCUUGCAAAAUUCAUCUCGUGAAAAG